AUGGAGAGAAUCAGAUUUUUCGUCGAGGGGAUCGGCUUAAAGCUUGUAGUUGUGGUCGGCAUUCUCUUCUUGAUGAUGUUAAUAAGUUCACUGAUUUCUCAAGCCAAAGUAUUGGAUGAUGAAGAGAAAAUUAUAGAUGAUCAUCUGAGUAGACAUGCUGUGAAAACCGUUCAGAGUGAAGAUGGAGAUACUAUCGACUGCAUCGAUAUCUACAAACAACCUGCUUUCGGUCACCCAGCUUUGAGGAACCACACCAUCCAGAUGGCACCAAGUGAAGAUCCAAGCGUCGAGACGACAUCGACAACAGAGUCACCCAAAUCGUCAGCACCUUCCGGCGGCCAACUGUGGUGGAGAAGCGGAAGUUGCCCAAGAGGCACGAUACCCGUCCGAAGAAACAAGAGAAAGGAUGGAGCCAAGACAACCUCGUUUAGGAAGAAGCCUCCCAUGAGCAGUCCACGCCAUUCCACAGUACCAGUUGAUGAUGACAACAAAAUCCCCAAUCUCCAACAGAUCAAUCACUCUAUGGCAAUACUUUUCACAGCGGGGUACAAUUACAAUGGAGCUAAAGGGGAUAUCAGAGUGUGGAAUCCUUAUGUGGAAUUCGAUGAUGAGUGGUCUCUCUCUCAAAUUGCUCUCCAGAAUGGCCCUUACAAUGACUUCGAGAGCGUCGAAUCCGGUUGGGCGGUGAAUCCGGGCCUCUACGGGGAUAGGCAGACUCGGUUUUUUGUAUACUGGACAAUAUGGUCUGAAUUUGGUCUUUACGAAACCACGACAUGUUUUGUACAGGUUGAUGCUUCAAAAACAACGGGCUGCUUCGAUCUCACGUGCCCCGGAUUUGUGCAAACAAAUCACGAGAUUGCUCUUGGGGCUGCCAUUUACCCGAUCUCGACCCCCGACGGCCUUCCGUAUCAGAUCACCAUCUACAUCUUCAAGGUACGUAACACGGAACAAAUGAAGUCAGACCUAAUCACAAGCAAUUUGUGGGUCCAAUAUGGUGACGGGAUCAACAUAGGCUACUGGCCGGCGGAACUGUUCACAACCCUGACCCUCACGGUGGAGACCGUACAAUGGGGUGGCGAGGUCUAUAGCUCGAGGGUCGGGGUAACCCCGCACACAGCGACACAGAUGGGCAGUGGGGAGUUCCCGGACUAUGUGUGGGACGUGUCUGGGUGGGUCAAGAAAAUGAGGAUCAGGGACAACUCGCUCAUCCUAAAGGUGCCCGAGUGGGCUGGCACCUACACAGAUGAGUACCGGUGCUACGAUGUGAGGUACGUCACCGACUACGUGGAGGAUCCCGAGUUCUACUACGGCGGGCCAGGUAGGGGCCCCCUGUGCCCGUAAGCAUACCAGGACCUUUGAGCCGGACCAUUAGUCUCCGGAAUGGCUGGUGAACGUGAUAUUACU